AAGUGCAAAAGAACCGUUGAACUGGCUGGCUUGACAUCGGAAAACUCUGUGGGGAAUACAGUGCUUUCAACGAAAUAUUUUGAUUGCUUUUUCAUGUCUCCCUCUGCAUAAAUAAUUAAUCACAUUGCGUGAAAGGACAACAGAGAAAGUCGAAGUUAACGCGGCAAAAAGCAAAUCGUACAUCAACUGGUUGGAUUUCAAGUUAAUGAAGGGCUCCUUAAAUUAUGUGACCAUUUCAGUUCUCAAACCCGUGGCAGCUGGCUGGUGUGCAUUUCGAACAAUCAAUCGAAAAUUAACAAGGCUGAAGACAACAAGAGUUUAACAGCAGAACACAAAAUGCGUGAAUGAUCCAUGACUUGAUUUGAACAUUAUGGAGCGUUUGUCGACAACAUUGGGCAGGAAGAAAGCAGUAGAUCCCAGUACCAUCCACACAACACAACUAUCUCGCUGUUUGAGCAAGUUUGAUUUAACCUCCCUCGGCGUCGCUGCUACUCUUGGAGCAGGAAUAUACAUAUUAAGCGGAACAUUAGCGCGAGGUGUGGCGGGACCAGGGAUAGUCAUAUCGUUCUUCAUCGCUGGAUUGGCAAGUUUAUUGGCAGGACUCUGUUACGCUGAGUUUUCGGCGCGUGUUCCGCGCGUUGGUUCGGCUUACACGUUCGCUUACGUUACAAUCGGCGAAUUAUGCGCUUUUAUAAUCGGUUGGAACUUGUUCCUUGAAUAUGUAAUUGCAGUGUCGUCAAUGGCUCGCGCUUGGAGUUCGUACUUGGAUGCUUCUUUGUUAAAUGACGCUAUCAAGAACUUUACGAUCACGGGAAUUGGAAAACUCGGCGUUUCCGGAGUAAUCGUGAGCUACCCCGACUUUUUCGCGUUUUUUCUGGUAUUAGUUGUUUCCGCGAUUUUAUGCUUCAAAGUGAAAUUUACCUCAGUGACAACUAAUGUUAUAACAACGGUAAACAUUCUUGUGAUAAUAUUUAUUAUCAUAUUUGGAGCCAUCUUUGCCGAGAGAAAGAACUGGACGGAUGAUUUUUUGCCCUAUGGUUUUUCAGGCGUCCUCACAGCUGCAGCACCUGCCUUCUUUGCGUUUGUGGGAUUUGAUGUGAUCGCAACCGCAGUGGAGGAGUCGAACAACCCUUCUAAGGAUGUACCAGUCGCCAUGAUCCUUACAAUUGGAAUUUGUUUCGUGGCCUAUUUUGGGGUCUCUGCCGUGCUGACUCUCAUGGUGCCCUAUAACCAGUUAGCUGAACGAGGUGCUCUGCCAGAGGUGUUUGCGAUGCGAGGAGCUCCAUGGGCCAAAUACAUCAUAGCUGUGGGAGCCCUCUGUGGAUUGACCGCAUCUUUGAUUGGAGGCCUGUUCCCUCUACCCAGAAUGCUGUACGCCAUGGCAAGCGAUGGCCUCAUUUUCAAAUUUCUUGCCAAGGUACAUCCAAAGACGGAGAUUCCAGUUAUUGCCACCGUCCUGUCUGGGGCCCUUGCGGCGUUCUUGGCCCUCAUAUUCGACCUUGAAGCUUUGGUUGAAAUGAUGUCCAUCGGUACCCUGUUAGCGUACACAAUAGUGGCCCUGUGCGUGUUGUUGCUUCGUUAUCAACCCGGCAGUGUAGGAAUCGUCAAAGGAGGGGAAAAGAUUUUCUUAACUAACGAAGAAACUGCAGACCACGAGGCCCCGAGGGAAGACACUCGAUUGACGCAAGAAACUGAUGGUCCGACUUUGCAAACUGCACGACUCGCUGCCAUUGGAAUCUAUUGCAACGUAGCGAUGUACUUCUUCAUAAGUAUUCUUCUCAUCUGGGGAGGCCAUGCUAUUUUGAAUGGGCGAGCAUGGGCCAUCUUCAUGGCAUGCUUAUUAGGGAUCCUCUUGGUCACUUUCAUCGUGCUCCUUGUACGACAGCCCCAGAACAAGACGCCCCUGCCAUUUAAAGUGCCAUGUGUUCCGGCCAUACCACUGUUCUCGAUCUUCAUUAACGUUUUUCUGAUUCUGAAGCUUAACUACUUGACGUGGAUUAGGUUCGCCGUAUGGAUGACAAUAGGUCUGUCCAUUUACAUUUUCUACGGCCUCCGACACAGCGUGGAAGGGAAGCGACAACAUGAACAAGAGGGAUACGUUCCCUUAGAAAGAAUUGACGGCAAAGAUGAUCAAGAUAAGGAUGUCGAAACUUUAGAGUGAAAUAGCUGAAAAUAAUUAUGAUUCAACAAAAUACAGAGAUUAUAUUGAGGUUUGCAGGGCGUUAGGUUUUACAAAAUUGUCAAUUCCGUUUAAUAUUUGAAGAUUUAUUUGAAAAAGAUCUACAAAUGUAAUGAUACGAAACAUUUCUUUGGUAACACUAAAUAUAGUCAAUAUCAUUUGUUUUAA